AUGCAUCACAUAGAGUCUGACAGUGAAGAUGAAUUACCUUCGGGGUGGGAACAGAAAUCAACUGAAGAUGGAAACGUUUAUUUUAUAAAUACUUUGAACAAUAAGACGCAAUGGACACAUCCAAGGACAGGCCGAAAGAAAGAGAUACCUAAGGAGCUUCCUUAUGGCUGGACAAAAACAUUUGACGAGGAGGACAAAGUGGUCUAUGUACAAAAAGAAACUGGCACUAAAACUUAUGUGGACCCCAGGCUAGCUUUUGCCACAGACGCUAAAGAACAUGUUCAUGACUUUCGUCAAAGAUUUGAUGCUUCAUCCACCGCCUACCAGAUACUGCAUGGAGUAGACUUAUCGGGCAAAUAUGCUUUGAUAACUGGUUCCAAUGCAGGCAUUGGGUUUGAGACUGCCAAGUCUCUGGCAAGACAUGGCUGUAGUGUCAUAUUUGCUAAUAGGAAUAUGGAAUCGACAAAAGAAGCUAUUCAAAAAAUACUGCAGGAAACGAAAGCAUCGGAAGAUGACUUGAAAGCUGUGCAUUUAGAUCUGUGCUCCUUUGAAAGUGUUAGGAAGUGUGCAGCUGCAGUAAAAUCUAUGUUUUCUGACCGCCUAGACAUGUUGAUCCUAAAUGCUGGUAUUUUUGGAGUGCCAUACACAGAAACAGUGGAUAAAAUUGAGAUGACCUGCCAAGUUAACCAUCUAAGUCAUUUGUACUUGGCCAUUUUGUUGGAACCUCUGCUGAAGAAAGGCUCACGGGUUAUAUUCGUCUCUUCAGAGUCACAUAGGUUUGCAAGUCUUAAGAAUGUCUUCAAUCUGCAAAAUCUUGCAUUUCCAAGAGAAUCCUAUAGCUCCAUGAUGGCAUAUAACAACUCUAAAUUGUAUAAUGUUAUAAGUGCAAAGAUAUUAAGUGAAGAAUGGAAGAAGAAAGAUAUAUAUGUGAACUCUCUUCACCCUGGUAACAUGGUGUUCACCAACUUAAGCAAGUCAUGGUGGCUGUUCAGAUUAGCAUUUGCACUAGUUAGACCUUUCACUAAAUCUUUGCAACAAGCAGCUGCGACAACAGUGUACGCCGCAACAGCCCCAGAGCUACAAGGUGUAACCGGCCUUUACUUCAACAACUGUUUCUACUGUGAGGAGUCGGCAAUGGCACGCGACAAAAACAUUGCUCAUGAAGUAUUCGCUCUAUCUCUUAAAAUGAUCGCAGAUCGCGUUGGCACUGAAGAUCUGAAAAAAUACAUGAACAAAUUCAAUACAACACAAUCGCUUAACAAAGAAGAAAUUGCGAAUGGAGAUAAAAAAUCUGAUAAAAAGGAAUAA